UUCUAGGGUUAUGUUUACGUCAACGUUUGAGGUUAUCUCAAACACACGUGCAAAAAAACAGUGCGUAAUUUUUUUGUGUAUUUACAAAAAUGAAAUUUGCAUACAAGUUCAAUAAUUUACUGGGGACCGUCUACAAAAAAGGGAACCUCCUGUUUUCGCAGGAUGGCAACUCGGUGAUAAGCCCUGUGGGCAACAGGAUCAGUAUUUUUGACUUGAAAAACGAUAAAGUGACCACCCUCCCUGUUGAAAGUCGGUUCAAUUACACCGCUUUAGAUUUGAGCCCAAAUGGGUGCUCCCUGAUUGCCAUAAAUGAAGAGGGUGAAGCACAUUGGAUCAGUUUAAUUUCGCAAACAAUCGUUCACAAAUAUAGGUUCAAGAGAAAAGUACGGGCGGUUAAAUUUAGCCCCGAUGGGAAACACUUUGCUGUGUGCAAGGAAAACAACGUUUUCGUGUUUAAAGCCCCGGGGCUACUCUCAGGUGACUAUAACGCCUUCGUAAUGGAGAGGGUUUUUCACGGGGCUUAUGACGAAACGACCUGUCUUGACUGGUCAUCGGACUCGCGGAUUUUAGCAGUGGGGUCCAAAGACAUGGCUGUUAAAUUGUACCCCCUCGAAAAGUGGCACAACUUUAGGAUUUAUUCGUUGGGGAAUCACACGGAUAGUAUUGUCGGUUGUUUCUUUGAGGAAAACACUUACGACAUUACUACUAUAAGUAGGAACGGGCAAGCGUGUGUCUGGGAGUGUAGCAUAGACCCUGAUAAACUUGUCCCGCUAGAUAAGGCGCCCCCGCGAAAGAAAAAGAAAGGCAACGACGAGUCAGAAGAGGACGAUAUUGACGUAAGUAAAGCACUAGAGCUGACUGAAGCCGAGCUUGCGAGCGCUGUUGAAGAAAAAGACGAUUCCGAAGUUCAAAACGACAAAUUUUUCUACAAACGUUUGGCACGUCAUUACCUCGCGGACGAGGCCCGCAAGGACGACCGCGAGGCCGUCCUCACAUCGGCCGCCUAUCACCGAAAAAGCAAAAUUUUAGUCACAGGGUUUUCAAAUGGGGCUUUUUUCAUCCAUGAGCUGCCCGACGUGAGCUUGAUCCACUCAUUGUCAAUCUCGGAGGAGAAAAUUUCGGCGAUUUGUCUCAACUCCACUGGGGACUGGAUCGCGUUAGGGUGUGGCGGCGUGGGUCAGCUCCUCGUAUGGGAAUGGCAAAGCGAAAUCUACCGUUUGAAACAGCAAAGCCACUCGAAUAACAUGAGCUGCGUUUGUUAUUCAGUUGACGGCCAGUUGCUGGCAACUGGGGGCGAAGACGGAAAAGUCAAACUCUGGAACGUUUACACGGGGUUUUGUUUUGUUACGUUCAGCGAGCACUCGAGCGCCGUUACGUGCGUUAGUUUCAGUGGCAGUCGCAAAUUUGUUGUCUCGGCGUCACUUGAUGGAACAGUGCGUGCUUAUGACCUAAUCCGUUAUCGCAAUUUUCGCACGUUUGCGUCUCCGAGACCGGUCCAAUUCGCCUCAGUUGCCGUCGACAGCAGUGGCGAAUUCGUGGCUGCGGGUGGACAAGACGUGUUUGAGAUUUUCCUAUGGUCUGUGAAAACCGGGCGUCUUUUGGAGAUUCUGGCAGGUCAUGAGGGACCAGUGGCCAGUUUGGCUUUCAGUCCGUGUGUCACUAGCACCUGUCUGGUGUCGGUUUCAUGGGACAAGACAUUGCGGGUUUGGGACGCGAUUGAGAAAGGUUCAGCCCAUGAAACCAUCGAGUUGGUGGCCGAUGGACUAUGUGUUGCUUUUAAACCCAAUGGUUUGGAAGUGGCUGUGGCCACACUGGACGGGCAAAUUUCGAUUUUCAACGUCAAAAAUGCCGUCCAGGUGAGCAGCAUUGAGGGCCGAAAUGAUCUAGGGAGUGGACGGGCGGACACGGAUUUAAUCACAGCGAAAACAACACUCCAAGCCAAGGCAUUCACAAGCUUGUGUUUUUCGGCCGAUGGUGAGUACAUCCUUGCCGGAGGCCAGUCAAAGAACGUCUGUAUUUACAACGUGGCUGAGUCCUUGAUUGUGAAAAAAUUCGAAAUCACCCAAAACCGGUCAUUGGACGCCGUUGAUGAUUUUAUAAAUCGACGAAAAUUGAACGAAUUCGGAAACAUUGCCCUCGUGGAAGAGCGUGAGGAGCUAGAAGGGGGUAACGUGACUUUAAAAUUGCCAGGGGUGAGGAAGGGAGACAUGUCGAGUCGAGUUUUGAAACCCGAGGUGCGAGUGUUUUCGCUGCAAUUUUCGCCAACUGGGCAACAAUGGGCGGCUGCUACGACUGAGGGACUUUUGAUUUAUUCCCUCACUUCGGGGCUAGUGUUUGAUCCCUGGGAUUUGCAAAUCGGGAUUACGCCCGAUGCCGUCAAAAACUCCAUCAGAGAUGGGGAUUAUCUCAACGCACUCACCAUGGCCAUGAAAUUGAAUGAAAGCGCGUUAAUUCAAGAAGUGAUCGAGAAUAUUCCGGUCAAAGAUGUCGAACUGAUUGUUUCGAGUUUGAGCGAACAGUACAUUCAGAGACUUUUGGUGAUUAUUUCCAGUGCGUUAGAUAGUUCAAGACACUUGGAAUUUUAUUUGAUUUGGGCUCAGACGUUACUUACCGUUCACGGGCCCAAAAUUGCCCCACAAAAAAAUAUGGCCUACUUGUUAGCUUUGGAGAAGAGUUUAGUUAGGAAAUACGACCAAAUCUCAAAAAUCUGCGAAUUUAACAAAUUUACGAUACAAUACGUUAUGAAAUUAGGUGACGAAAUAGCGAAGAAGGCAAAAAAUCAAGAUAAAAUGGAGCUCGAUGAUUCAAAUUCGGAAGAGGAAGUUGAUAACAACGAAAACGAUGAUUUGUACAUGUCUGAUUAAUUCUCUCAAUAAAAGUUUGAUUUAA